UUCCGUCUUACUCCACUUGCAUAAAGAAGCUGCACAACAUGUCGCUUGUCACAUUGGUGAUUCUCUGCUGUGUGACCAGCUGCAUUGCCUACAGUCACAGACCUGACCCAUGUGUAAUCAAGUGGUGUCCCCCCAACAUGGCGUGUAAGGUCCGGUUCUCUCACUGCAUCCUGGGUCCAUGUCCACCACCACGUCCUGAGUGUGUACCCCAAGUGAAGCUUGGCGUGUGUCCCGUGGAGUCUCCCAUCACAGGACUGUGUACAGCGAGGUGUGACCACGACGCCGAUUGUCCAGGCGACAGGAAGUGUUGUGGGAGCUGCCCCAGAGUAUGUAAAGUACCCAUAUCAACUGUGAAGAAUGGGGUGUGUCCUAAACUCUCCCAGUGCCCGGAGUCCCUACCAUCUUGUCCUCUGAAUCCACAUUGCAGCACAGACCAAGACUGUCCCGGCAACAGGAAGUGUUGUGGAACUUGCCCCAGGAUGUGUAUUGAUCCUGUUGGCUACUGACUUGUAUUUAACACUUCAGUUUCAAUAAGUAUAGUGGCGACCUGUGAUGUCUAGUGUUACCUUCAGAGACUCUGCACGAGGCAGUGAUGUUAAUGAUGAGAUACAUUCCUCAAUCACUGAAUACUUUGAGUUAGGUCUUGUAUUUCCGAAAAGUUCCGAUAUUUAGAUUAUCACUUACUCACAUGCUUCACAUGCGGUGUUAGAUUUUCUUGAGCGUGAUCAUCUUCCAACCGAGGCAAUAGGCCGAUCCAGUCCCGGCCGAUAAGCCCCGCCCACUUCGUUUUUGACGUUAGGGGGGACAACCACUGACGAAUCACCAUGGCGUCACCGCCGGGGAAACGUGACUGCGAACGUUGUUGCUGAAUUCUCUUGUGGUACUUUGGUAUCCGUCGUUUGUGAAUGAUAUUUAAAAAGGAUAGUUAUACGUAUUUUAUUUUAAUAGAUUUUAGUUGACUGAUUGCAACUGGCGAGUGAAAAUGAGUUACAUGCCCGAUGAAAAAUCGUCCCGACCAGUUGCUGAGAGUAGGAAGCGUAUUUUCUUUCGUACCAAAUACUCUAUCUAGCAAUUCACGUCCGUCUAAAUAUCAGAUAUAUGCAGGGGACGGGUAACUGAAUUAUGUUAUUUGUUUGUGUUCUGAAGGCAUUUUGGUUUUGUCACUAAAACUGCUCGCCCAAACGCACUCGGUGCAUACUAGGCGUAUCACCCGAACACACCCGGUGCAGUGCACGGGAAAAACGAAUAGGUUUUGCAUAUAUAAGACGGUGGUCAGCGAUACACGGACCAUUCGCUCCUUUCUGCCAUUCGGUGCUGUUCGUUACAUGUCGUGUGUUGGCAUUUAUUUAGACUACGAAUGACUUAGAUGUUAGAUAUUAGAUGUGUAGGUUCAAUUGGCUAUUGUGGCGUUAGGUUGUUGAACUUGCAUUAGUGUGUUUAAGGGUUAGACAAUUAGCGGUAUUUAGCAGUUCGUUUCAUCUCAAAGUUCAUUUAGAAUCACUUAAGAGAAUCACGUUUAGUUCUUUGUAAAUUUCAUAGUUUUCUCACUUAUAAUAGUUAUCACGUUUAGUUCCUUGUUUUAGGCCAAAAGGUAAGUUCGAAAUUUUAGUUGAUUAGGAAUUCAGUUAAUUUGCAUAGCUCUGCCCAAUCGUUUUAUUUUCCACUGCGCAACAGUUUGUUUUUCUCAAAAAUUCCCAUCGUAAUUAUAUAAAAAUCCGUGAACACAACCCCGUGUUCAAGUUGCAGAUCGUUUCGGUAUCUAUAAAUAGAUUGUCAACACUGCGCGUGGCGCCUUUAUGUAUCUAUUCGUUGUUCAAAUUUAGUUACAUCAAUAAUGUGUAAACAUGGCUUUCUACCUUUUAAUGAACAAAGCAGAAACAUAUUUCCCGUC